UUUCCGUAUCGGAAGCCAGUUUCACUUUUAGAGAUGAUGAUUGCUGAAGAAAAAAGAGGUGAGCUUGAGUUAGACUUAACAGACAACUUCCCAGGGAAUGCAAUGCUGGUUGCUGAGGCUCGAUUUAGAAAACUGAUCAACAUGAACAUCAUUGGGGGUUAUUGGCAUAAACAAAUCAGGAAACAGCAUUGAGUCAAUGAGAGUGAUGCAGAGAAUCCAUAGCAUGAUUAGCAACAAUAACCUCGAUGUGGGACCUAACAUGCGGGAAAUAUUCUUCCCUCCACCACACACUGUCUCACGCCCAAGGUUUGUAAUGAUUAGGUGUGAUGGCAAUGCAAAGAAAAAGAAGGAGGGGCUUGGGAGGGCAGUCUUCCUCUCAUAGCCAGUGUUCAUAGUGCCUCUGAUGCCAGCAUUGCUGACCUUAUGGACUUGAAGGAUACUGCUGUCAGUAUAAGUGAAGCCCUUCCUACUAGAACCACAAAGGAGGAUGUCUCCCACGAAUUUCAGAAGAGUUUGGUGCCUUUGGAAGGAGAUAAGACCCCUUCUACACCUGAGGUUGAAGCUGGGCUUCAGAAGAAGCAAAUGACCAUAGAUACAAGCUCUUUGAAGAAAGUUAAGGCUCUUCCAGACCUAGUACCAAUAAGAGAACCCACCAUAGAAGUUCCUUCUAAAGAGAGCAUAGAAAAAACAAGUACAGAUACCCCUAUUUCUCCAGUUGGAAUGAAAACUAUCAAAAUAAAUCAGACUAGCAAUCGUAUCUUUGGUGAUUACAAUAUUGUUGUUACAUCAACUCCCUUUGUUCAGUCCUCAAGAUGUUCACCAUUGAUUAAUGUAACAUCAGCUUCAUCAACAUUGUGUUCACCAAAUACUGUGAUAUCUUUGCCAGGUAGUGCAGAGGACUCUAAAAUAUCUCAUACUGUAACUAAUAGUAAUGAUACAACUUCUUCUCCCUUGCUAGUUCAAGUUGAAAAUUCCCCUGUGAUCUCGGAAGAAGAAAAAUUAGUAUCACCUCUUAGUACGAAAAAGAUUAAUCUUUCAUCACCCACUUCCUCAGGAAGUGCAAUGUUUCGGCCUCGUAUUCAGGUCACUCAUGGAAAAGGUAUUAACCCAACUUUGCAGCCUAGAAUGGCAGCCACAAGUACAGUUAAUCAUAGAAUGUUAUAUAUACCUGUCAGUUCAAGUGGAAUGUCAAAAAUGGUUCUGAUGCCUUCUGGUAGUAGUGGACCAUCACGAAUGUUAUUCAUGUCACCUCCCAAUAAAACACCAUCUUCAGGUGUUGUUCAGGAGGGUAGUAAGAUGAAGAUGGUAAUUGUUCCUUCAGCAGGAGAUAGAGGGAAAAUGGUAAUCCUCCCUUCUCACAGCAUAGACACUAAUGUAACAGGAUUGCCUCUUGCUGCUGCCUCAGAAAAAAAUGCAGAAACAGAGAAAAAGUUCAUUUUACUUCCACCUUCUCAGGGACUGAACUUUACGGGAUCUUUGGACAAUAAGACUGUCAGCAUCCCAUCCAUACCCACAAACGUUCCUGAAGUUAAUCUUACUGAAAAUGUAGUGAGUAAUAAGCAGCAAGGUACAUCUGCUCUACCAGAGGUAGUUGAAGAAACAGCAGCUCAAAAACCUGAGAACAGUGAUGAUUCUGAUGAUGUAGUAGUCAUUGGGACAGCUUCAAAUACUCUUACUAUAACAAGAGUUAAAACUUCAUCAGAGCCAGAAGUUUCACAUUUUGCAGGGAUUUCCACUGCACCUUCUGUAAUGAUUGUACCAUCCACUACAUCAGUAGUCUCUGGUGGUGGAACUGCACAGACAACAGUGGUUUCCUCAGUUUCCACUAUCUCAAGCACACUACCUCAGAUUUCCCAGGCACAAGAUUGUGAUAUUAUUGUUCCUGCAGGUAACAAGCCACCUGUAAAAGAUUGCAGUAAGGAGUUAAAAGAAACAGAAGAUAUGGUAAUAGUUAAAACAUCCCUUAAUGAAAACCAACUUAAUGCAUUGCUUCAGAACACACAUAAAGACAUGCUGAAAAAUGCUGAAUAUCCCCUUGACAGCUCAGAUGUUACACACAUGAAAAAGGACAUAUCAGAUGGUAGUCACCAGAGGGAUUUGUCAGGUCUAAGCCAGGACAGAAAGGAUAAAUCCGAUCCGAUCCCAAAGAAAGAAUUGGCACAAGACAAUAAAGAUAAAUCAUUAUCUCUAAAAUGUAGUUCAAAGUCUCAUUCUCCUCAAGCAUAUCUAAAAAAUACAUCUGAAGUUCAAGAGUUAGAAAGUCGUCCUGUUCCUAUAAAAAAGAUGGGUUAUCAUUGGAGUGCAGUUGAUUUGUCUCUCAGUUUUAAAAGUGUGAAGUUGGAAUGGCUUCUUGGCACAAUCCGAAAAAAUGUACUUGUCAAUAUCUUCAGAAUGUCACAGAAAACUCAGUCCCCUGUUACCUUAAGUGUAAAGAAUGGAAGCUCAACAUCAAUGUUAUAUGGGUUAGCAAGAACAGGUCUUUCAGAUAAUAAGCAACCUUUACCCAUCCUCAUUCUGGGGUCCAUUAUAUCUGCUGUAUUGAGCUCAGCAUCCACAACAGAUAAUAUGCUGUUCCAUGGAAAUGCAGUCAAAUAUUUUAUCCGGGAAGCCACAGGAGAGCUUUCCUCAUAUACUUAUGAUGCCACUGGAGAAUAUCUUGUCAAAUUAGCAUCAAAGAAGAGAGGACAUUGUGGAGAAAUGAUUGGUAUAGGAGAAAAAGUCCCACUUCAAAAGAUGAGAGAAUCUAACUAUGCUUCAGAGAACUUGCUUAUCCAGUCCCCUGAGAAGGGCAGCCACCCAAAAAAAUCGCAAGAGGGCCCAAAGAAAGGAAAUACUGCAACACAAGACAGUGCUGGUUGCAGUUGUACUGCAAGUGGAGACUUUAUUUGCCUUGGUCAUAGCACGCCAGAGAUGGAAUCAAAAUCAGCAACUCAGCAGAAGCCAGUAUCUCAACCACAGUCACCAGUUGUAGUAACUUACAGUAAAGGAGCAAAAGAUGAUCCUCUUUCCCCAUCAAAAUCAUUGGGUGUGACUUCAAGUACAGAUUUAAAGAGUCAGAAUUCCGUAGCAGAAGGAGACUGUACAACUGUUGAAUCAGGUGUUCAGAGUUGUAAAACUUUAGAUUCUUAUGAAUUACCAAUACCAUCUGUUACUCAUUCUCAGACUGGUAUAGUUAUCAGCAAAAUGGAAACUGAAAAACUUCUUCUGUAGUUGUAGGUAAAGACACACCCCAG